AUGGAGUGUUUCUUACCCGGUGACAUCAACCUUGUUCGCACUCUGAAAUUCUUGCAGCCUCACAAACCUAGCCUCCCAAUUAUCAUUUCCAUAGCAUGAAGAUCAACCCAGCAAAUCUCGGAACCAGGUGAUACCAACCCAAGUCACACCCAUCUGCUGUUUGACGGACAUCGUCCCAAUGGCCCCCCUCACUCAAGCCUUCCACUCCGACCUCAGCCUCGCACCCAACUCAUACAUCUACAAGAUCCUUUCCACGUCUCCCCGCACAGAUCCACUCUCCUACUUCCAAACCGACGCCCUCGCUGUAAUAUCUUCCGAUGACUCCCUUCACUUCAUUAAUCCAGCAACCCUCAAAGUGCUUCCCGACGGUGUCAUCAAAAACGUGAAUGAAAGCGUCACGUGUCUUGAGCGAGUCGAUGAUCCGCUAAGCAAUGUGGUUGCGACCGCAGGAAGAGAUGGAAUGAUUAGGUUUUGGGACAAGAGAAAUAGAAACAAGGUUAUGCUUAUUCAGAGCCCGAAUAAAUUGAUUUCGUCUCUCGUUUGCAACAACCCCAGAAAUUUCAUUGCAGCUGGUAUUGAGAACCCCGAUGAUGGGCCCGGGGUAUCUCCAGUCCUGAUAUGGGACCAACGAAAUGUACAAAAGCCCCUCCUCGAGCUAAUAGAAUCCCAUACCGACACCAUAACUGACCUCCAACUCCACCCAAAUCACCCUACCCUUCUCCUAUCCUCUAGCACUGACGGUCUAGUCAACAUCUUCGACGUCAGCAAGCCCGACGAAGAAGAAGCUCUCUAUCAAGUCAUCAACCACCGAUCCGCCGUCGCACAUGCAGGAUUCAUGUACCCCACCACUGAUAUCUACACCCUGGGAACAGAUGAAACUAUGAGCUUCUACGCGCUCCAAAGCCAUGAGGAAGAAGAGGAACCGACUCCUACGAUCUUUGGUGAUAUGCGGGAGAAGCUAGAUUGUGAGUACAUGGCUAAGAUCCAUUGGGUUGGUGACGAAGCCUUUAUUGCGGCUGGUAAACAUAGUUCCAGCACCCUAGACCUAAUCCCCAUCCAAAAAGCACCUCAAUCCCCCCCUCUUCAAUACGACUACGAUCUCGAAAUGUCACUCCGUCUCCCAGACGCCCACGGAGGAGAAAUUAUCCGUGAUGUAUUUACAGAUGUCCACAGCCACACAACCUACACCGUCGGCGAAGACGGGUUUAUCCGCGCGUGGAAGCUGCCGGGUGACGAAGGCAUGGAUAUCGACGACGAAGGCGCCUUGGGGACGCCUAAGAGAAUCAAAGACAAAGACAGGAAAGAGAAGCGCAUGGGGAAGAAGGAGAAACGUAAAGGCCCCGGCGGCAAUGUAGCUGAAGGAGGAAGGAAAGCACGUUAUAAUCCAUACUGAUAUCAGGCCAACCAAACGAAU